CUUCCUUGGGCGGUGUCUCGCAACAUCGCUUCAUCGGAUGCUGCCUGCGCGUUACCGAUUCCGGAGUAGCUAACUUUCAACCAAUCAAAUUCCGUACUUUUUGUCACGUGACCCAAAACGGUCACCAUUUUGUGAACCGUGUAAGCUACGAUGGGGAGCAACUUCUGUAAAUUAUUUACGAUCAACUUGAAGGAUCAAUGGGCUGAAUGAGUCACACGAGUCAAAACGGCACAACGAGUGCGUUGAACUCCCUUCCGGACACCAUGCACCCGACCCGCCGUCGCAAGAAGCGGCCCAGUUACGGAGUUCGCACCGUCGAGCUGUCCCGCGGCAGGAAGGGUGGCUUCGGCUUCACCAUCUCCGGACAGGCACCCUGCAUCUUGAGCUGUAUCGUGGCCCACAGUCCCGCGGAGCGUGCGGGCUUACGUCCCGGAGACUUCCUGGUGGCUGUCAACGGCCACAACAUCUCUCGUGCUCCACACGACGACGUCGUACGCCUCAUAGGCAACUCCAUGGGGGCGCUGAAGCUGCAGAUUGCAGAGAACUACUGCUCCGAUUCGAGCGAGGAGGAAGAGGCCGCGAGGCCGUUGCGGGGACGACCGCACCCGGCAAGGCCGCCUCGUGACUCUGGGAACAAGGCGCUCCUGGACUUAAUCUUGCAGCAAAAGGCGGCCCGUCAGGCUCCGCCGCGUCCGGUGCUCCGCACUGUAGUCGGCUACUUGGGCACGAUCGAGCUGCCGCGGGAGGUCUGCGGCUCUCGUCUGCAGGCGAUUCGCAGCUGCGUGCGUCGGCUGCGCAUCGAGCAGAAAGUUCACACGCUGGUGGUCUUCUCGGUGUUGCGGGACGGCGUCGUACUGAGAGAUCUGCGAGGGACGCUGUUGGCGCGGUUUCCAUCGGAGCGCAUCACUUUCAGCGGGGCGUAUGCAGACGACAGUCGUUUCUUCGGACUGGUGACUCGCGGAGCGGACGGCGCCCUCUCUUGCCACGUGCUCAUGGUGGAUCCUCGGACAACGCCUCGGCGCGGAGCACCCAGUUUGAAUGUGCACGACUCUGCGGAGCCCAUCUUACGGGCGCUGGCGGCGCUUUAUCACAGGGGAGCACACGUGUCCCCUCAGCCGAGCCAAGCUGGCAGCCACAGCAGCAACAGCGACAGCGGAAUCGGAUUCCGCGAUGAAGGUAUCUCAUUUCGGUUAGAAUUUAGAGCGAGUCUUUUGGGUGACGACACUACAUGGGCCUGUCGUACCGCCCACGCGAGCGACUGCGUACUGGUGGUCGACGUCGACAGCUACCCUCGCUUCCAGAGCUUCAGUCUUGACCGGCAGGGAGCUCUACCCUGCAGCCCAGGGGCACGCGCGCACUCAGACUCCGAGCUGGGGGACGAGACGCAUCCGGCCUCCACUUUUGAGCUCUCGCGGGACAAGUGGGGCGAUUCGACGCUUCUCGGCGACUCCACCAUGACGGACGAGCGGGGUGGCCUGGACACCGAGAGCGCUCGUGACGCGUCCACAAAGGGGGAAGACGGCAGUUCAUCCGCCACGCCUCGACGGAAUGUGAGCAGUUGCAGCAGCAGCCGGAACUGGACGAGAACGUCGUCGCUGCGCCGGCGGCCUCGGAGAAGCCAUUAUCGGUCGACGCACGAUGCUGGAGCUGUAUCAGAUGGUGAAAUCGGGAGCGAGAAGUUAUCCCCGUCGAGCAGCGUGCAAAGCCUGGAACAGGUCAGCGACUCGAGCAGCGCAUGCGAUGCACCCCGGGGUCGUGUUGGGUCUUGGGUGACGGGCUUUGACCGACUGCUCUACGAUCCCCUUGGCCUUCUAGUAUUUGCCGAGUUCUUGAAAAAAGAGUUCAGUCAGGAAAAUAUCUUCUUCUGGGUGGCUUGUGAGCAAUACAAGAAGAUUCAAGAUGUCACUGAGCGGAGGACGGUGGCUCGUGAAAUCUACCAGAGGCACCUAGCGCCGGGGGCUUUGGAACCGGUCAACGUAGAUGCCCGUUCACAGCAGGGGACUCAGAAGGGCUUGGAGGAUGCAGAUCCCGAUCUCUUCACCAUAGCCCAGCGUCACAUCUUUCACCUGAUGAAAUUCGACUGCUACCAGCGAUUCCUCAAGUCUGACCUGUUCAAGGAGUGCCUCCUCCGCGAGGUUCAAGGGCAACCGAUCUUCCCCGAGCUUCCAGAGACCACCUGGAAGCAGCCCAAGGAAGACAAACGCCGAAAGUCAUUCCUGCCAUGGCACAAGAAUUUGAAGCUCGUCAGCACCAAGCUGGGUGAGCGGAGUGCUGCCUGGGCACGUCGCUCAGCACGGAAGAAGAAGAGGCCGGUUGAGCUGGCGGGUAGCCAGUCGUCCCUCGCCAGCAGCGAAGCCAGCUUGGGGAUGUUGUGCUCUCAGGCUUCUUCGUCCCUCGAGGACCCGGUGCUCAGCAGGGUGGUGCUACCCGACGGAUCGACGACAGUGGUGAGGGCCCGCCCGGGGGAAACGCUGGGUGCCACGCUGACUCAGCUCCUUCAGAAACGUUCCCUUACAUACUCGGCUGUAGAUGUCUUUAUCGCCGGUUCCAACAAGCCAAUCAACCCCAACUUGGACGUCACAAUGGUGGGUUCCAAAGAGAUUCGCGUGGAGCCCCGAGUCGUCUUCUGCACCAUGUUGCCAAACAGUAAAACUCUCGGAGUGAAGGUGGCCCCGGGCCACACCUGCGCCGACAUCCUGUGCCCCAUUCUAGCCAAAUAUAGUGUUCAGCUGGAGCACGUGACAUUGCGAAUGAGCCAAAACUGCAAAGCACUGCCUUCGAGCACUCCAGUGUCCGAACUGGAUUCUCAGCUGCUUCUAGUCCAGUUCAAAGAGAGCGUUUCGGAAAACCGUGGUCACCGAAUGCAGCCAUCGCGCCUCCACAGAGAGACGCUUGUGCGACGCUUCUUGGAUGCUAUCCACGAGGGCAAGGUGCACUUUGACGACCUAGGGGUGGCGGACUUGGACAUCAUCUUCCCUCCCGUGGUUGAAGUGCACCAGGCAGCCGAAGCGCGUAACACUCGGGUUGGGCUGGCCUGCCGCAAGAGCCUCGGGUCUCUCAACAAGAGCAGCGACGCCGGCACAGAUGGUACACCGUGGGUGCCUCGACACGGAUCGCCAGCUCCCCCGCUGCCUCCGAAAGCCCAAGGCCCUCGUGGUCCCCCACCCCGUCCACCGCUUCGUCCCCCGCCCUGUGCUCCUCACGGUGGUUCCCACCUAGCUCGGCUUAUCGACAACACCUCCCAUGACUGUAACAUCAGCUUUGUGUGAAAGUAAGCGGCAACCGUUGAAGGCUGCGAGACCCUCCGCGAUGCAGGAGCAGCAGACGCCGCCCCCGUUCCUUUAGGAUAAAUUUCCCGCGGCCACGAUAUUGCAUCGACGAUGCACAGAGUGGAAAGCAGUCCGCAAUUACUCGGAUUCACGUCCGAUUUGCGAAAGUUUAUUCUUUCGCAAAUAACGUUUCGGUUGUGCAGAAUGUCUGUAAAAGCGGAAAAUGGAAUUUAGCUUACAUGGGGCCAAAACGCCAUGCUCAGGUCGGUUGUGUUCAAUGUCCACUCGGAAUUUCCCCGUAAUGCCAGUAAAGAAGCUGUAGUUUGGCCAGUUGGUACAUGCCGAAGGGGGGGGGGGACCUGGUAACCCUACGACUUCUGUUUCCGAGGAAACUGCCCUGCCCACUUUUUGAGUGCGUUUCAGAGCUCUAUUGUCAUUGUGUGCUUCGUACAGAAAGCACAGUACUGUGAAAUGUCUCCUGUUUGGAAAAUGCUGGUUAGGUGAAUACUGGCAGACACGGUGCAGAUUUAACAAAGACCAACAAACGUGAGCCACGUUUUGACUGGUUCUUGUCUUGUACAUAUUUAAACGCACUUUUGCUCAUAUAUUUCGCAUAAAUUUCAUUAAUAUUUUCGAGUGGCAUAUGAUUGAAGCUAGCAGUGUGGAAAGAAAAAAAAAAGUCAACUGUCAGUCCUCGGAUUCUUGGACAGUGCCAAACGACAGUGAUUUAUUUGUGCUAUCAGUUUUGCACGUCUCUGUAACGUGCAUGUUGCACGUGUGGUAUGUGUUCACGGAUGUGCUGUUUUUUCCUAGGGGC